AUGUAUCCACAACAAUAUCCUGUAUCAGCGCCACCGCCUUCUUAUUCAAAUCAAGUUGGUUUUAACUCAUUACAAGAAACACACGAUGAGCGUAUGAGAAAAUUUCAAUAUCUAAUCGAUCGAUAUGAAAUCAAUCGGGAAUUUGCAACAAGACUACGAGGAUUAGAAGGAUACGAAAUCGUAUUUAUUGUUGAUGAUUCUGGAUCGAUGAAUACACCACUUGGUGAUAUAUCUGGUCCAUACGAUCGUAAUCCGACACGAUGGGAUGAACUUCGACAAACGGUUUCAAUUGUGGUUGAUAUUGCAUCUGUUUUUGAUCCAAAUGGUGUUGACAUUUUCUUUUUAAAUCGUCAGCCAAUGCGUAAUGUUAAAAAUGCUGAACAACUUAUUCCUGUAUUUGCUAUUCCACCAGCUGGACCAACUCCAAUUGUUCGUAUACUUCGACAAAUUUUACAAGAAAAACAACUUGAAGUUCAAGAACGUAAAUUAUUAAUAUUGAUUGCUACAGAUGGUAUACCAACAGAUGAUAGUGGACGACAAGAUAUAAAAACAUUGGAACAUGUACUACGUCACGAACGUAAUCCAAUUAAUCGAAUUCCAGUUGUAAUUAUUGCUUGUACAGAUAAUCCUGAAUGUAUUGGUUAUCUUAAUAAUUGGGAUAAGAAAAUCCCGAAUAUUGAUGUUGCUGAUGAUUAUAGAUCAGAAAGAGAAGAAAUUCAUAAAGUACAAGGAAAAAAAUUUCAAUUUAGUUAUGGUGAUUAUGUUGUCAAAAUAUUAAUGGGUGCUAUUGAUAAUUGGUUUGAUCCACUUGACGAACGUCGUGUAACUGGCAGUGGUCCACCAGUUCGACAUGCACAUAAGGAAAAAAAGAAAGACACAUGCUCUAUUUUAUGA